AUGGCGACUUUCGCGGCAUCCCGCCAAACCCCAGCUUCGAUCCAGCAACUGACGCCCCCUAGCAGUUCCCACGGCGCAGGAGGGUCGUGGGACUUUGCUGUGCCUGUCAACGAUUCGAGGCAAUCAUAUGAACAGGAGCCCUACAUGUCUGAAUACGGUGCUUCCGCCCACGGUUCUCGCCAACCCCUCACAUCGCAAGCCAACGGUUUCGUCAAGCCUGUACGCUCGCCCACGUGGGACUCGCAGGAUCUCAACCAGGCUCCCGACCGCAUGAAUGAGCUGCACAAGAAGAAGAGUGGAGACAUGAUUGCGAACAACAUCGACCAGGAUAGCGUGUUGGAGUACUACAAGAGCCACACCAACAACAAGAAAGGUCCCGUCGCCGUCAAGGGAAAGCCCAAGAAGAAGACGACAAAGUCUGGUGCAACAGAACCCGAGUAUGACGAGAAUCACUGGAUACACAGAGACAAGCUCAAGGAGAUUGAAACACGAGAACUCGAAGAGGCAGGUUUCAGGGUUGGCCGGUCGAGCAGAUCCAACAGCCGCUCGCAAAGCGCCACACGACGUGCGCGAGACCGCACAAACUCCGCAUCGACCGAACGGACACAGAACGGCGAAGAGCGAACCGAGCCCCGAAAGCGCAUAUCCACAAUACCAGCUGAGGAUGAAGAGCCGAUAGAGGGCUACCAUGCUUGGAGCCCAACAUUCCCGGCUGACGGCACGACUGAAUUUCAACCAAGUUCUCAGCGAACGAAUCACACUGUGAGGCCUAGUACGUCUCGCAUUCCCCUGCCUAAGACUAGCGGUAUACCUGUACCUGCUUCAAUGGCAGAGCGUGACGCGCCGCUGCCGAGAUCUAGAGCAGGUAGUGGAAACUGGAACGGUGAUGCCAUCGCUACCAUGGGUGCACGAGUGCGAAGUGGCAGUGUAGGCAGCCAAGCGUUGCUCGAUGAUGCAGACGAUGGUCGACAAAGGACUCCACCGUAUGGUAGUGGCCAUAGGCGCAAUACUUCCACCGGAAGCUGGAGUCCGCCAAAGUCACCCCAAAAAUCUCCUAUGAAGGCCAAAACGCCCGGCAAACCGAACACUACCUCUGGACCACGUAAAGCUAGUGCUCAGACGAAGCCUAGGUCUCGCGUGACCUCCAAUAACUCCCCUCCGAACCGUCCGCGUACCAGCGGUGGGUCUACUACAACAAGGCCCACUACAAGCAACCGACCAGAAGGUGAGGCCCCGUGGAUAGCUUCCAUGUACAAGCCCGACCCACGGUUGCCUCCGGAUCAACAGAUCAUCCCUACGCAUGCCAAGCGUAUGCAGCAAGAGCAAUGGGAAAACGAGGGGAGGGUCGGCUCCAUGUACGACAAAGACUUUAGACUGCUGAACGAUGACGACAUGGCGGACAAGCGACUGUCGCAGCUCGCCAAUCUUGAUCCCAUCGCUAUAGAGAAGGCGCGGGAAGCUGAGACCUGGCCCCUUCCCAGUCCCGUGAAGCCAGACUCACCUGCAUCGCUUGAAAGAGUUGACACCAACACUGCAAAGUCUCCAGUCAACGAGCAAGGUGCCUACAGUCUGACUCCGAAGAUAACCCAAGGUCACGAGCGUGCUCCUUCACCAAAGCUAGCCCCUCCCAUCGCGCCCGCAGAGCCAAAGCCUGCAGUGACUCGCAUGCCCGAACCGAAGGAGGAGGUCAAGGAGAAAAAGGGCUGCUGCUGCAUCGUCAUGUAG